CGUAAUUUUUUUACUCUCAAAAUGGGUCUUUGACGAAGAAAAAGAGUUGAGUUCAAGGAAAAGUAAAAAAUAAAAAAAAAAUAAUAAUAAAAAAACGAAGAAAAAGAACUAGAAAUCGUACAAAAUUUCUUCCAUGGAAGUCACACGCAACAUGUAGCUUUCUAGGCAACCAAACUGUCCCGGCGGAGUCUCAUCUCUCAUUGGCCUGUUCUCUGUCCACUCUUUUUCUCUGCGUAUCGAUUGUGACUUGUGUUGUUGUAUCAUACUGUUGCAUAGAUUAAUGGUGAUUUUAAUAAUGGAAGCUAUGAAUUCCCCGCGUUCACCUUUCACUUGUAACUACUCGUUCAACAAUCUCUUCAUUUUUUCCAUUUAUAUAAUUCUAUGUCCAUAUUAUAAUAUCCGUGUUCACAUUGUCAAGUUCACCAUUUUCCUUGUCGAAAUCCUACUUUCUUUUACUCAUUCAAAUCUUUCUUCUGAUUCUUUCUUGUUUUAUACCCCACGAUUCUCUUUCCCUUCAAAACUUCAUUCUCGUCGUAUCGUUUGUUCUUUCUCGAUCUUUUCUGUAAAGGUUUUGGGCCAUUUCUUCUAUUUAGUGCCAGUGCCAGUAUAUUUCUUUGUUGCCACCACCAGCUUGAUUUAAUGUUUAUAUGAACUGGGUAUUUGUCAAAUUUUGAUUUAGUCUGCUCAUUCAUCAAGAGAAAUCCCAUUUAUCAUGGCUCAAGAAGCUAUUGAUCAUUCAUUCUCGUUUGGUGGCUCGCAUCACAUGCUGACCCAGGAACAAUUGCCAUUCAAGACCAAUCAAGGGUCUAUGAAACUCUUGCUUUUGCAUGGUAAUUUAGAUAUAUGGGUUAAGGAGGCUAAAAAUCUUCCUAACAUGGAUAUGUUUCAUAAAACCUUGGGGGACAUGUUUUCGAAAUUGCCUGUGAAGGUUAGCCGCAAAAUUGAAGGGCAUGUAGGCAAUACGAUAACUAGCGACCCAUAUGUCACCAUUUCAGUAGCUGGUGCUGUAGUUGGGAGGACUUUUGUGAUUAGUAAUAGUGAGAAUCCAAUAUGGAAACAACACUUUAAUGUUCCUGUUGCACAUCAUGCUGCAGAGGUACAUUUUGUUGUCAAAGACAGUGAUGUUGUUGGUUCACAGAUUAUGGGUGCCGUUGGAAUCUCAGUAGAGCAGCUAUGCACUGGCAAGAAAAUUGAAGGCACUUUCCCAAUUAUUGGUGCCAAUGGUAAGCCCUGCAAAGCUGGAGCUGAAUUGAGCUUAUCAAUUCAGUUUACCCCAGUGGAGCAAAUGGCAAUCUAUAAGCAUGGAGUUGGUUCUGGUCCUGAUUACAAUGGGGUUCAAGGGACAUACUUUCCUCUUAGGAAAGGAGGUAAAGUUAAUCUUUAUCAAGACGCUCAUGUUCAUGAUGGUUGCCUUCCUGAUUUGAAGCUUGAUGGUCAUGUUCAGUAUAAGCAUGGGAGUUGCUGGCUGGACAUUUUUAAUGCUAUCAGUCAGGCCCGGCGCUUGAUUUACAUUACUGGGUGGUCUGUAUAUCAUAUGGUUAGAUUAGUUCGUGAUGGUCAGGAUGGAAUGGGUCCUUCAUUGGGAGAUCUUCUCAAAAUCAAAUCUCAGGAAGGUGUGAGAGUGCUGCUUCUUGUAUGGGAUGAUCCUACUUCUAGGAGUAUUUUGGGAUAUAAAACGGAGGGCAUUAUGAAUACCAGUGAUGAGGAAACUCGCCGAUUUUUCAAGCAUUCUUCAGUGCAAGUGCUACUCUGUCCUCGAUCUGCUGGAAAAGGAAGUUUUAUGAAAAAGCAGGAAGUGGGAACAAUCUAUACCCAUCAUCAGAAAACAGUGAUAGUGGACGCUGAUGCUGGUCACCAUAGAAGAAAGAUCAUAGCUUUUAUUGGAGGCCUUGAUUUAUGCAGGGGCCGAUAUGAUACUCCACAGCAUCCUCUUUUUAGGACCUUGGAAACAGUGCACAAAGACGACUAUCAUAAUCCUACUUUCACGGAAACUGGCGUUGGUUGUCCAAGAGAACCGUGGCAUGAUUUGCACUCCAAAAUUGAUGGUCCAGCAGCAUAUGAUAUCCUCACCAAUUUUGAGGAGCGUUGGUCGAAGGCUUCGAAACCUCAUGGCCUUCAAAAACUGAAGGCAUCACAUGAUGAUGCAUUGCUCAGGAUUGAAAGAAUCCCUGAAAUACUUGGGAUAGCAGAAGCUUCUAGUCAGGCUGACAAUGAUCCAGAGAGUUGGCAUACUCAGGUUUUCCGAUCAAUUGAUUCCAAUUCUGUCAAAGGCUUUCCAGAUGACCCAAAGGAUGCUCCAAGCAGGAACUUGUUGUGUGGGAAGAAUGUACUCAUAGAUACGAGUAUACAUACAGCAUAUGUCAAGGCAAUCCGUGCUGCCCAACAUUUCAUCUACAUUGAGAAUCAGUACUUCCUUGGAUCUUCCUAUAACUGGGAUUCUAACAAAGACUUGGGUGCAAACAACCUAAUUCCCAUGGAAAUAGCACUUAAGAUUGCCAACAAAAUCAGAGCAAAUGAGAGGUUCUCUGCAUAUAUUCUCAUCCCAAUGUGGCCAGAAGGUGUUCCUACAAGUGCUCCUACGCAGAGGAUUCUAUUUUGGCAGCAAAAAACAAUGCAAAUGAUGUAUGAUACAAUUUACAAGGCUUUGGUGGAAGUUGGACUUGAGAAUACAUAUGAGCCACAAGACUACUUAAAUUUCUUCUGCCUUGGCAAUCGCGAGGCAUUCGAUAGGGAAAACAGUUUAAAUGCUCAAAGUGUCAACGGAGCAAACACUCCUCAGGCAUUGAGUCGGAAGAAUAGACGCUUUCAGAUUUAUAUUCAUUCCAAAGGAAUGAUAGCGGAUGAUGAGUAUGUGAUAAUAGGCUCUGCAAAUAUCAACCAGCGAUCAUUGGAUGGUACUAGAGACACUGAGAUAGCGAUGGGUGCAUAUCAGCCUCGGCAUACCUUCGCAAGGAAACACUCACAUCCACACGGGCAGGUUUAUGGAUAUAGGAUGUCCUUAUGGGCAGAGCACAUAGGAGGACUUGAGAAAUGUUUUGAGAAACCAGAGAGUCUGGAAUGCAUAAGACGUGUAAGGUCCCUUGGUGAGCUCAACUGGAGGCAGUUUGCAGCUGAUAAAGUUACAGAAAUGAAGGGUCACCUCCUCAAAUAUCCGGUUGAUGUUGAUCGAACAGGGAAGGUUAAGGCUCUCCCUGGCUGUGAAACAUUCCCAGAUGUUGGUGGUAACAUACUAGGAUCCUUCAUAGCCAUUCAAGAGAAUCUCACCAUCUAAGCUAUUGGACAUAACUCUAAAGUUUUUGCACGUUUAUUCAGAACAUUACAUUCUUGUGUCUGAACUUCAACGCUAUUUCUUUUUAGAUUAAUAGCAUGCUAUUGGAUUCAGAGUA